CUCCCCUGCCCGGGCAUGAAGACCGAGGAGAAAGGGUGAUGUCUGCCAACUGUGAAGUGCUGAGUAGCGUUUCAGGGCCGUGCAAGCGAAUCACACACGCGGAGGGACUCGAGGCCCGGGGCCCUAGGGCGGGCUUCUGGAACAUCCUUGAGGAAAGCCUGUUUCCACUUAGCUAUUUAAAAAAAAAAAAAUUUAGUCCUUCUUAUCGCCUGCCCACCCUCACCGUCCCAAACGCCUUUGAUCUCGUUCCUCAUUAACAAGUUCCCUUAUGCUCUAGGAACAGAGUGGUAAGAGCCUUGGAGGAAGGCGAGCCCCGCUCUCAGCUCCCGGCUCACACUACUUGCUAUCAGGCAGCACCGCGGACACCUCCGCUCCACGGUGAUUGGCCAGCGGCGGGGGCCUCGCCGUCGUCCAAUAUGGCGGCGCCCAGUGACGGUGUGAACUGUGAUGAGUUCGCCGAGUUCCAGGAAUUACUCAAGGUGAUGAGGACAAUUGAUGACAGAAUAGUACAUGAAUUAAACACUACGGUUCCAACCGCUUCCUUUGCAGGGAAGAUUGAUGCCAGCCAAACCUGUAAACAACUUUAUGAGUCUUUGAUGGCAGCUCACGCCAGUAGGGACAAAGUUAUAAAGAACUGUAUAGCCCAAACCUCAGCAGUAGUAAAAAGUCUCCGAGAAGAGAGAGAAAAGAACCUGGAUGACUUAACAUUAUUAAAGCAACUUAGAAAAGAACAGACAAAGUUGAAAUGGAUGCAGUCAGAACUAAAUGUUGAAGAAGUGGUAAAUGACAGGAGCUGGAAGGUGUUUAAUGAACGCUGCCGAAUUCAUUUCAAGCCUCCAAAGAAUGAGUAGAGAGAAUAUUUUAUAGACCUGGUCAUCUCAUCAACUAAGCAUGACAGAUGUCAACAGGGCAGGCUCCCAAGGAUGGUCUCCCAGCCAGCAGUCCAAGGCCUCAAGUCUAAUUCUAACAAUUAUAAAAUAAUCAAUUGCUAUUUUAUACCGAUUCUGUAAAAAAAUGUUUUGUAACUAUUAAAAUAAUUUUCUGAC